AUGGCCGUAGCGAUGCAGACGGAGGAUUUUCCUUACUUGCCUUCGGGGCCGGCGGAGGUAAAUAAGAUGAUAAAGGAGCACGGUGACCUGUUUUCUGACUCCCAGUGUAAAGUCUGCAGUGCUGUCCUAAUUUCAGAGUCUCAGAAGUUGACUCAUUAUCAGAGCAAGAAACAUGCCAACAAAGUACGCCGUUAUAUUUCCAUACAAAAUGAGAAGGAGCCCGCAUUGAAAAAGUUCAAGUCACAGUCAUCUGACAGUGUCGACUGUAACAACGGAGACACAGACCGGUCGAAGGUGUGUCAUGUAUGUAACAUGACCUUCUCCUCUAAUGUAGUGGCCGAGUCUCACUAUCAGGGCAAAGUUCACGCCAAAAACCUGAGACUGAAAACUGUCGGACCCCAGGCACCCGUACCCUCCCAAACAGCAACGGCAGUUCAGCCGAAGAAGAAGCCCGCAGAUGAGUCGAGCGCCACUUCAGCAACAGGUGACAACAACCCGGACCGUUUCUGCUCCAUCUGCCAGGCGUCUUUUAACAACCCGCUCAUGGCCCAGCAGCACUAUGUGGGCAAGAAGCAUAGAAAACAGAUGACGAAGCUCAAACUGAUGGAGACGUACGGCCCCUCCACAGCACCAGCUUCCACACUAAAGGGCUACCCAUGUACCAUCUGCAACAUUGAGCUAAACUCUGUGGAACAGUACCAGUCUCAUAUCAGUGGUGCCAAACAUAAGAACCAAAUGAAAAAAUCAGGCCUGAACCCCACAGAGAACCAACGUGCAGCAGAACAGUCGUUCGGUGGUGACAAUGAGUUUGCCGCCGGAGACGACCAGUUUACCACCGAGGACAACCAGUUUACCACCGAGGACAACCAGUUUACCACCGAGGACAACCAGUUCACCACCGAGGACAACCAGUUCAGCACUGGCGAUGAACAGUACGCUGCUGGAGACAACAAUCAGUAUGCUCCUGAGGACACAGAGUACUCAGAGGAGUACCAGUAUACCUGAGACUGGGCUGGAAGAAGGACUGCUGAGGUUACAGUCGAGACUUGGAAUGACACACAACAACCAGCCCCUUUAACACAUUAACAAAGCAUCAGCCUCCAUGGACCUUCAGCUCCUGUCUGAGUCUCUUCUCUGUAGGUUUCCCCCAGAUCCGAGGACCCAAUAUGGAAUUUGAUCACUUUUGGUUCCCAAACCAAACGAUUAAAGAAUGUGUUUUUGUAACUGCA